AUGGGCCAGUAUCACCCGCCCCUUCCAUGUCCUGGUCCAGAUUGGGGACAUCGGGCCCUACCCGAUGAGAUGAUGCGGGCACGGCCUAUGGGUCCACCCGGUCCACAUGAUUUGGGGCCGGGAGGUCCGCCGUGGCAUGGGCAUCCUCCGCCCAUGGGUCCGGGACCAGGCUGCCCUCCUGGCUGGCCGGACGGGCCGGACAGGAUGGGGAUGUCGGAUGCAGGUCGACCUCCCUGGGACCGAUCUGAGAGGCCGAUGCCGAUGAUGGGGGGUCCGGCCCCCCGUCCUCACGCCCCAGGCGGUCCAAAUGGUCAAUGGCAAGGGCCACCGAUGUACCCUCACGAUGCAGGACCUGAUGCCUUUCGACCUUGGCCGCAGGCUGACGCGAACAGGCCGAUGAUGGCUGGCCCACCGGACGGUGUAGGCUACCACAUGCCAAUGGGGCCCGACGGGAUGCCAAGACCGCCUGCAGGCCCAGGCUGUCCUGGUCCUUGGGAUGCGCCAUUGCGCCCUUUUGCUCCACCAGAAGGUGUUUGGUCUCCCAGACUGGGUUCGAUGCCACGGGAUCCUAUGCUGAACCGGCCAGGGCCAGGGCUCUUGGAGAUGAGUUCGAGGCCGCCACUUGGGACGGCGCCGGGCCCUUUUGGACCUCUUGGGCCUCUUGGGCUCGGGCCGCCACUCCAAGCAGGGCCAGCUCCACCCCAGGCACAUGGUCAGCCUCAGCUCCAACCACGCUUCGGACCUGAUGGACAGGAGAUUAUCGAGAAGCCACAAUCUCAUCCCCAGCCAGGUGCUCCGGUCUGGGCGGCAAUGCCUGGAGGGCCGGGAGGCGAAAGCAUACGGCCUGUAGUGCCCAGGCUCGCGCUCGAAGCUUCCAUUCCAAAUGCCCCGAUUCGACACGCGGCCGUUCCUGCCGCGACAGCGGCAGCUGGCGGCCUGCAGAAGCCUCAAUCCGCCGCCGCCGCGCGAGCAGCAGAAGUGCCCGUGGCUGGGGCUCAAGAGCAGCUGCAGGAGCCAGUGGAGUCAGGAAGGCCAGAGCAAACGGGGCCAGAGUGGGCUGGGUGCGACCAGUCACCAGCAAAAUCGACCAGCUCGUCCCGUGAAGGAGGUCCAGACGCUGCCGGCCAGUCGGAGCAGGCGGAGGAGAAAGCCUCGCUUGCCCUAGGUGAGGAGAGGCGCAAAGUCGAGGAUGCAGCUGCAGAGGCUGCCCAGGCACUGCGGGCCAUAGCUGCAGAGGCUGAGGCUCGGGUCCAGGCAGAGCGUCAAGCAGCAACCGCUGAGGUCUUGGCGCAGAAGGCAUGCCACGAUGAGGCGAUGGCUCGGAUCCAAGCCGAGCUCAGCGAACUGAAGGCGCAGGCGGCAGCUCGUGAGACUAUGGAAGCUUCGCUCACCGGAGCUGCCAUGGCCCGGAUCGAAUCGGAGCUUGCAGAGCUCAAAGCCGAACAAGCGAAGGCCACGGCUCGCAGCGUGGAGACCAUCCCGUUCCCGGUGCAAUGCGAGCAGCCGGAGCAGGCGACCUCUCCUUCAGCGGCUUCGGCACCAAGCCCGGAAGCCUCCGCAGAGGCGAUCAAGCCAGUCCCUGAGAAGGCCGCAGAGACACCCAGAUCGUCUUUGGAAAAGACGGUAAUCAUAUGCGAAGAGCCUGUCGACCACAAGGGCUCGGUGGCAAAGGCUGACGUGAGCUUGGACAAAACUACAGUCGUGAACGAUGACUGCCUUCAUGAGUCUUCGGAGCGGUUGGAACGUGGGUCGAUGGCCAGCUUAGAUAAAACCAUCGCUGUUGAUGUGCCAUCUCCCAGCAAAGUCGCCGAAACCACAAAGGAAAAGGAGUCGCCCGAGCCAUUGCUUUUCGGGUCGGACGUGCUGCAAGCCGUCGAGAAAGCGCGAGCGGCGGUGGCGGAGCUGCAGCGGCGUGCAGGCAUCAAUCAGGACCAGGAGGCGUCAAGGAAGAAACAGGAGAAACAAUCGCCAGCCUCAUUGAUGCAGGCACCGUUUUGCCAUGAUACUGUCGGUCUGAACGUUCUUCUAUCCCAGGACGGGUACACUGCGACCCGCAGUUGCGGAUGCCGAGAGUCAGUGGCCGUAUGCAAAGCACCCCUGUCACAGCAGGGUGCAGGGUACUUCGAGGUGGAGGUUUGCCAAACAGUCGAUGGCUGGAUUGGUGGGCUGGGCAUCGGUGUAACGCAUUCCAGUCCGAGCGAUCUCAAGGAGCAGCGAUUGCCAGACAAAGCGUGGCGGGUACCGCGGUCAUUCGUUCUGGGCUAUGCAGGGAACAAGUACCUCAAUGGAAAGGAGGGCACGGUGGACUGGCAAUCGGACCAGCUGAGAGUCGGACAGCGAGUCGGCCUCCUUAUCGACGGUGGCAGCCUCUAUGUCCUUGUAGAUGGACAAGAAGUGGCUUCUGUGUCGGAAGUGGAGAUGCUUUCCGCCGGCCUUCGCCAGGAUGAACCUCUCUAUGGCAUUGUCGACAUAUACAACGCUGCCUUGUCCGUGAGGUUGCUGCCAGGAGCGGUCGUGCCUCAGAAAUGA